UCAUUAGAAACCAAAAGCUCAUCCAAUCUGCUCGUCCACCAACCAUCCCUCUCUCACCUUAUCCAUUCAACAUCUCUCAUCCCAUGCCAUACAAAACUCAGCCCAUUUGGUUUCCCUUCAUCUCUCUACUUGUACAAACCACAAACCCCGUAACAAAAAAGAAAGUUAUAGCAAUGGCAACAGCCUCAGCCACUGUCUCUCCAGCAAUGGUUGCUGCCACCACAGUGGCCAAAUCAAGGAGGAUGAAUUCAUCAGCAAACAAUGUGACGUACAUAACAGGACUCAAUGCCUUCUCUGGACUCAAAGCUCAGAGCAGUGUGGCCUCCCUUGGCCUUCCACAGAGCACUGAGCAGUCCUUUGCUAGGGUUGUGAGCUCAUUGAGAGCCCCAUCAAGGGGCAAUGGCGGCGGCGGUGGUGGUGCACUGUCUUCCACCUGCAAUGCUGUUGGUGAGAUUUUUAAGAUUGCUGCCAUCCUCAAUGGACUCACUCUCGUCGGAGUUGCGGUCGGAUUCGUGCUUCUUCGGAUCGAAGCAGCGGUUGAGGAGGCGGCUGAGGCUGAGUAAGGAGAAUUUUCAGAUGCCUUUGAUUAUGUUUGCUUAUAUCAACACUGUAACAUCUCUCUUUCAAAAAUACUUGAUUUUAUGUAGCAAUGAUUAAUAUUUUUAGUUUCUUGAA